UAAAAGUGUUAAAAGUUACCACAGUAAACUGACAGAUUGUUUUGCAAUGCUAUAGAGAGCAAACAGUUGACACAAUUGUUUCGAUGCAGUAUAAUGCAGUUAUCUUGAUGAGUCUAAAGUCUGAUUUGGGUGUGUUUCGUCCCAAAUUGCUUCGGGACUGAAGCGGGUUCAUACAUGCAAACUGUUGGUCUUUCUUUUUGUGUUUUUCUUUAAGACAAUGAAGCUCAUUAUCCUGAAUGACUACGACCAGGCAAGCGAGUGGGCUGCAAAGUACAUAAGAAAUAAGAUUUUACUAUUCAAACCUGGCCCAGACAAAUAUUUCACACUCGGGCUCCCCACAGGAAGUACUCCUUCAGGCUGUUACAAGAAGCUAAUUGAGUACUACAAAAAUGGUGAAAUCUCAUUCCAGUAUGUGAAGACUUUCAACAUGGAUGAAUAUGUGGGACUUCCCCGAGAUCACCCUGAGAGCUACCACUCCUUCAUGUGGAAUAACUUCUUCAAGCACAUAGACAUAAAAGCAGAGAACACCCACAUUCUCGAUGGCAACGCUACUAACCUGCAAGCAGAAUGUGAGGCCUUUGAAGAAAAGAUAACCGCUGCCGGGGGGAUCGAGCUGUUUGUUGGAGGUAUUGGACCUGAUGGCCACAUUGCCUUUAAUGAGCCUGGUUCAAGCUUGGUUUCAAGAACCAGGGUGAAGACCCUAGCAAAAGACACCAUCAUUGCUAAUGCUCGAUUCUUUGAUGGAGAUCUGUCAAAAGUCCCCACCAUGUCGCUCACUGUCGGAGUGGGCACUGUCAUGGAUGCAAAAGAGGUCAUGAUCAUCAUCACUGGUGCGCAUAAGGCAUUUGCCUUGUAUAAAGCCAUAGAAGAAGGUGUGAAUCACAUGUGGACAGUGUCUGCAUUCCAGCAGCACCCCCAGACUGUUUUUGUAUGUGACGAAGAUGCAACCCUGGAGCUGCGAGUCAAAACUGUGAAGUACUUUAAAGGGAUGAUGCAUGUGCACAACAAGCUGGUUGAACUGCCUGUCUCAGAAAUAAAGGAGAAAUAAGGAAGAUUAACUCUUAUGGAUCAAAAUGCAUUUAUCAAAACAUAUACAUUCCAGUGAUUCCUUCAUCUUCUGGUGGAGAUAUGCACAAUUAAUCCUCAAGGAAAUGAUUUCAUGCUAAUGAGAAGGGCUGUCAAGUUUUUUUUUUUUCUGAUUGUUUAUAAAGCUGAACGGCUAUUUUGUUCUACGUAAUAAAAUUUGUUAAUUUUU